CGGCGCCACCAGCCAGACCCCGGCCAUGAACCACACGCUGCUCCUGCUCCUGCUUCUGCUGCGCGGCCUCGGCGCUGGCCGCCCCCCAGCCGCUGCCACCCCCCGCCUCAAGCUGUCCUUCCCUGAGCUGCGGGCUCGCCAUGGGCUGCGCCUUUUCUCGCUGGAGCACUCCUGCUGCUACGAGGCCCUGCUGCUGGACGAGGAGCGCGGCCGUCUCUUUGUGGGCGCCCAGAACCACCUCCUGUCUUUGGCCCUGGAUGACAUCAGCCGGCGGGAUAGGAAGAUCUACUGGCCGGCUCCCGUGGAGUGGAGGGAAGAAUGCAACUGGGCCGGCAAGGACAUCACUGCUGAGUGCAUGAACUUUGUGAAGAUCCUGCACCCCUACAACCGGACCCACCUGUACGCCUGUGGCACUGGUGCCUUCCACCCAGUCUGUGCCUUCGUCGAGGCUGGCCAGCAUGCAGAAGAGCCUGUUUUCAAGCUGGACCCGCGCCACACUGAGGAUGGCAAGGGGAAGAGCCCGUAUGACCCCCGGCAUACAGCCGCCUCUGUCCUUGUGGGCGAGGAGCUCUACUCUGGGGUGGCCACCGAUCUGAUGGGCCGUGACUUUACCAUCUUCCGCAGCCUGGGCCGACGUCCCUCCAUCCGCACGGAGCAGCAUGACUCUCGCUGGCUCAAUGAGCCCAAGUUCGUGGCCGUUUUUUGGGUGCCAGAGAGUGAGGACCCCGACGAUGACAAGAUCUACUUCUUCUUCCGUGAGAUGGCAGUUGAACGGCAGCAGGGGCUGGGCAAGACCAGCUUUGCCCGCAUCGGCCAAAUCUGCCGGAAUGACAUGGGCGGGCAGCGCAGCCUGGUGAACAAGUGGACGACAUUCCUGAAGGCUCGGCUCGUCUGCGCCGUGCCAGGACCUGACGGGACAGACACCCACUUCGAUGAGCUCCGGGAUGUUUUCCUGUUGCAGACAAGAGACAAGCGCAACCCUCUGGUCUAUGCCAUCUUCUCCACUUCCAGCUCUGUUUUCCAAGGCUCAGCUGUCUGUGUCUACACCAUGGCUGACAUCCGACGGGCUUUCCUGGGCCCCUUUGCACACAAGGAAGGUCCCAACUACCAGUGGGUGUCAUACCAGGGGCGUGUGCCAUACCCCCGCCCAGGCAUGUGCCCCAGCAAAACCUUCGGCACCUUCGGCUCCACCAAGGACUUCCCAGACGAGGUGAUCCAGUUUGCCCGUCACCACCCACUGAUGUAUAACCCUGUCUUGCCCCAUGGCCAGCGUCCCCUCUUCCUGCAAGCCACCGUGCCCUACACUUUCACCCGCAUCGCUGUGGACCGUGUCACCGCUGCUGACGGCCAGUACGAUGUCCUCUUCAUUGGCACAGAUGUGGGCACAGUGCUGAAGGUGGUCUCAGUGCCCCAGGAGAGCUGGCACCGCAUGGAGCCGCUGCUGCUGGAGGAGCUGCAGGUCUUCCAGGAUGCCUCCCCCAUCACCAGCCUGCAGCUCUCCUCCAAGCGGCACCAGCUCUAUGCUGGCUCAGCCACGGCGCUGGCCCAGCUGCCCCUGCACCGCUGCGGUGCCUACGGCAAAGCCUGUGCCGAGUGCUGCCUGGCCCGGGACCCGUACUGUGCCUGGGAUGGCAACACCUGCACCCGCUACGUGCCCAACACCAAGAGGCGUUUCCGCCGGCAGGACGUCCGCAAUGGGGACCCCAACGUGCUUUGCUCUGAAGAUCCCAGGCGGGACACCGUCCCCCAGAAGCAACUCUACGGGGUGGAGGGAAGCACCGUCUUUCUGGAGUGCAUCCCCAAAUCCCUGCAAGCCCACAUCCUCUGGACACACCAGCGCACCCCGAAUGAUCCCCAGCGUGAGGUGCGGAUGGACGAGCGGGUGGUGCGGACGGAGCGGGGUGUCCUGCUGCGCAGCGUGCAGCGCGCCGACGCCGGCCUCUACCUCUGCCACGCCACCGAGCACGGCUUCACCCAGCCCCUGCUUGGUGACCCCAACCCCUUUGACCACCCCAUGUGGCACCUGUCGCUGUCCCCAACAGAGCAAGCAGCACAAGGAUCUACAACGUAUUUAUUUCCAGCAUGA